CCCCGGCUGUCGGGGGGCGGCGCGCGGCGCAGGCCAUGGCGCAUAAAGCCGCGGGCCGCGGGCAGGGCUGCUGCUCCGCGCUCCACCGACCCGGGCUCGCCGUGCCGAGCCCCCCGUGCGCCAGGGCGCGCAGACAUGGGCGGCCGAUCCCGAGGGCGCAGGGCGGCCGCGGCGCUGGGCGUCGCAGGGCUGCUGUGCGCGGCGCUGGGCGUCGUGAUGAUCAUCCUGGUGCCCUCGCUCAUCCGGCAGCAGGUCGCCAAGAACGUGCGCAUCGACCCCAGCAGCCUGUCCUUCAGCAUGUGGCGGGAGAUCCCGGUGCCCUUCUACAUGUCUGUCUACUUCUUUGAUGUCCUCAAUCCUGACGAGGUCCUGCAGGGCAGGAUGCCCGAGGUGCGCGAGCGUGGGCCCUACGUGUACAGGCAGUUCAGGGUCAAGACAAACAUCUCCUUCCACAACAAUGACACGGUGUCCUUCCGAGAGAGGUGCGUCCUCCAGUUCCAGCCUGAGAAGUCCCAAGGCUCCGAGGGCGACUACGUCAUGCUGCCCAACAUCUUGGUCAUGGCUGCCUCUGCCAUGAUGGAGCACCGGCCCAUGAGCCUGAAGCUGCUCAUGACCUUGAUGUUCACCACCAUGGGUCAGCGCGCCUUCAUGAACCGCACCGUGGGCGAAGUCCUGUGGGGUUAUGAUGACCCACUGCUGGACCUCAUGGACAAGUACUUCCCUGGCGCGUUGCCCUUCAAGGGCAAGUUCGGGCUGUUCUCGCAGUUGAACAACUCGGACUCCGGGCUCUUCACGGUGUUCACAGGGGUGAAGAACCUCAGCCGCAUCCACAUGGUGGACAAGUGGAACGGGAUGAGCCAGGUCAAGUACUGGCAGUCUGACCAGUGCAACAUGAUCAACGGCACCUCCGGGCAGAUGUGGCCGCCCUUCAUGACCCCCGAGACCUCGCUGGAGUUCUACAGCCCGGACGCCUGCAGGUCCAUGAAGCUGGUCUACCAGAAGCAGGGCGUGUUCCAGGGCAUCCCCACCUACCGCUUCGUGGCCCCCAACACCCUGUUUGCCAACGGCUCUGUCUACCCUCCCAACGAGGGCUUCUGCCCAUGCCUGGAGUCCGGCGUCCAGAACGUCAGCACCUGCAGGUUCGGUGCCCCCCUCUUCCUCUCCCACCCGCAUUUCUACAAUGCGGACCCGGUCCUGGCGGAAAGGGUGCUCGGCCUGCACCCCAAUGCGGAGGAGCAUGCCCUCUUCCUGGACAUCCACCCGGUCACCGGGAUCCCCAUGAACUGCUCCGUGAAGCUGCAGCUCAGCCUCUACAUGAAAGCCAUCCGGGGCAUCGGGCAAACGGGGCAGAUCCAGCCGGUGGUCCUGCCGCUAUUGUGGUUUGCGCAGAGUGGAGUCAUGGGGGGCGAGCCACUCAGCAAGUUCUACAAGCAGUUGGUGCUGGUUCCCAACAUCCUGUGCUACGUGCAGUAUGCGCUGCUGACGCUGGGCUGCGCGCUGCUGCUCGUCGCCGUCGUCCACCUGGUCUGCAGGCAGGGUCCCACGGACACCCCGAGCCAGCCAGACCCGAGCCAGCCAGACCAGCCCCCCUGGUCGGAGCAGCCACCCAGCCCCCACAUGCCCCUGCUGCAGGAGCAGCUGGCGGGGCCCUCGGCCUGAGCCUGCGCCUGCCCGCCCCGGGCCACUCAGGAACGGAGCUGCACCCGGGACUGGAAGAGGCUUGGCGACCUGGGCUGUUCCAGAAGCUUCUCUCCAAGUGACCACAGCGGCCUGGACACCAGUCCCCUUCUCUGGGACCUGCCUGGCCUGCAUCACCGGCUCUUGACAGCUCUCCUCGCUGCCCCAGGUCCCUUCCCGUCCCCCAGGACACAUGCAACCCGCCUGCAUGGGACAGGCCACCACCCAGGGCCAGGCUGUGGGGCUCGGGACCGAGGGGGUUGGGUGCCCGUGGCAACUGUCCUGUCCCCACCCCGUGCUGGUCAGUGCUUCUCCCUGGCCACCAAAACCAGCGAUAUCCUGUGUACCCAGCAGGCCGGACACCAGCUCUCAGGGCCUGGCCUCCCUGGGGACAUAUGGACCCUCCCGAAACUGGACUAGCCCGGCCCUUUUCUACUGGAAGAGAAGUGAGCUUCACCACACAGUAGUGAGCUCACUGGGAAAGCAAUAAACCUUUUACAAAACGGA